AUGUCAUCAAACAACGAACAAGAACUUCCUUCAACUCCCGCCACUCUCUUACCUUCUACAGUCCCCGAAAAUGCACCCGAGCAUUGUCCAGGAACCGAAUCAACACAAGCUGGACUUGCUUCAGCAUGUUCAGGUUGCGCAAAUCAAUCGAUUUGUCAAUCUCAACCUAAAGGACCUGAUCCAGAUUUACCUGCAAUUAAAGAUAGAUUAAAGAAUGUAAAACAUAAGAUUUUAGUCUUAUCUGGUAAAGGUGGAGUUGGUAAGAGUACUUUUAGUGUUGGAUUAGGUUGGGCGCUUAGUGGUGAUGGUGAUAAUACUGCGCUUCUUGAUAUCGAUAUCACUGGUCCCUCACUUCCGUUAAUGCUUGGAUUAUCUCCCGAUGUACAUCGAUUACAUUCUACUUCAAGCGGUUGGUCUCCGCUCUAUGUCACUGAUAACCUCUGCGUAAUGUCGAUUGGUUUCAUGCUUCCUAGUACAGACUCAGCCGUUAUAUGGCGAGGGCCCAAGAAGAACGGGAUGAUCAAACAAUUCUUGAAAGACGUUGAUUGGGAGCAAAUAGAAUUCAUGGUCAUCGACACACCACCUGGAACAUCCGAUGAACACCUUUCUAUAGCUAGUUAUCUCAAAGAAUCCGGUAUUACUGGUGCCAUCGUUCUUACUACACCACAAGAAGUAGCAAUUCAAGAUGUCAGAAGAAUCAUUUCAUUUUGUCGAAAAACAUCAAUUCCGAUCUUAGGAGUAGUCGAAAACAUGUCAGGUUUUAUUUGUGGAAAUUGUAAUGGAGCUUCUGAGAUUUUUUUACCUACAACAGGUGGAGCUGAAAGAUUAUGUAGAGAAGAAGGAUUAGAUCUUUUGGGUAAGAUUCCAUUAGAUUCAAAAAUUGGGAAAAGUUGCGAUUUCGGUCAAGAUUGGUUAGAAGAAUUUCCUGAUAGUUUAGCUACUCAAGCUUAUUAUAAAAUUGUGGAUCGAGUGAAAGCCAAGAUUGCCAGUCUUGAACGAAAAGAAUCAUCUCAACCUUCAUGA